AGAGGCCCUUGGUGAAGAGGCGGAGCCAAAGGUAGUAGAGGAGAAGGAGGAAGAGCAGAGAAAGAGCCACCAACAGAUUGAGGAGAGCCGGCAGAGGCUGGCCAAGCUGCAAUUUGAGGGCACGCAGAUGUUGACAAAUAUCCAGGUGGCUGCUGACUUGAGAGAGACACAGAGGAGAGCAGAGAAUGCAGAGCUGAAGUUGCAGAGGGUGCAGAAGCUGGAGAAUGAAGCCAAGUCUAGCACACAGAAGUUUGUGGAGAUCACCUCCAAGUGGGCCUUGGCCAAAGACAUGACAAUCCCACAGGAUCUGGGGCAGUUGCUGAACUCAAACCAACAGCAGCAACUGUGCACGCUGCUUCUGGAGCAGAAGAACAAGCUCAUCAGUGAACUGCAGCAGGAGCUGAAAAACAAAGAUGAGCAAUACAUGCAGGCCAUUAAGAAGCAGUCGGAUGAUAUCCACCUGCUGUUGGAGAGAAUGGAGGAACAGAUCAGGACCAUGCUGAAAACUUACCGUCAUAACUUCCUACAGAUUGAGAAAGCUUUUGAGGAGGAACGGCGAGAACUGCUGGACAGCAACAGGAAGAAGUGGGAGGAAACCAUCCAGGCCCACAACACACAGGAGAUGGAAUACCUCCGUGCCCGCAUGAGGAAGGUGGAAGAGUUUGAGAAAGAGCUGAGUAAGCUGCGGGUGCAGGAUGAGGAAGAGUACAACAACAUGAAAAUGCAGCUGGAGAAUGAUGUAGAGAACCUGGAGAGGCAGCUCCAGCAGAUGAAAGCUGUCUAUCAUCUGAACCAGGAGAAGCUGGAGUUCAACCUUCAAGUGCUUAGGAAGCGGGAUGAGGAGAACACCAUCAUCAGAGCCAAACAGAAGAGGAAGCUCAACCGGCUCCACAGCUUGCUCGAUAACCUGAAAAUAAAACUGGCGAAACGAGAGAAGCAGUUCAGAGAGGAGAAACAGAGCAUGGCAGCUGACUGUGAGCGCAUCAGAGUGCGGUGCAAGGACACGCAGAGGAGGAUGAGGCAGUUUGCUGUCGCCGAUGCUGAGAAGUUCAUGGAGGUCUGGCUUAUGAACGAGGCAGAAGCCAAACGGCUAAUGCAGAAAGCCCUCGAUGCAGAUCGCAUCAUUCACACCCAGCAGCUGGGGCUGCCCUGGGAAGAGCCUCAUUACUGGUUCCUGAACAACGUCGGCCCCCUCAGGCAUUACAAAGCGAAGAGGAUGGCAACCAAGCUGGCUGCAGAGGUCCUGACAGAGAGCAGCUCCGGGGAAGGACAGGAAGAGAAAGGGAGAGAGGAGAAGGAAGAAGCAGGUAGUGAUGAAGGGGGAAAAGAAGACACAGUGAAGGUUGAGGGUAGAGUCACAGCUCUGCGAAAUAUCUCCAAGAAGACUGCCAAGAGGAUCCUGGAGCUCGUGAGCAAAGAGUCGGAUUUCCUCAUUGAGAACAAGCUGCUGAAGCCCCUGAACGCACUGGAGAGGCACAACCGCAUCCUCAUAAAGCUCGACUCCAUCUUUGCGGCCAUUGGAAUCAACAGUGAGGAUGACCUAUACCAGCUGCUGGAUUUUUUCCUGAAGUAUAAAUCCCAGGAGGUGGCUGCCAGCCAGAGCCAGAACAGCCCAGGUGGAGAUCCAGCUGAGAUGAGAGAGGACGAUGGAUCUGGCACCCAGGGGGACAAAUCACCUCAGAGCUCACUCCCAUCUAUGUACAUCCACACUGAUGAUGUCCUAAAGAUCCUGAAAGCAUUUGUGCGGGAUUUUGACAAGUUGAGGGAGAAGGAGAAGGAAAAGGAAAAGAACAAGGACAAGGAGGUGCUACAGGUACAGUACAGCUCCAAGGAUGGGGAAUACUGGGAAGCCGUGGCGCAUGUUAUUCCCGAGACGACAUUGAAGCUGUGGGAUGCACUGGCAGCAGCGCUGGAGGAAUAUUAUGAGGUCCUCAAGCGGAGGGCCAUCCUGCUCACCGAAGCAGCCAUCCUUCAGCAGCAGAACUCAGAGCUGUGCCUGCUGUUGGAGGAGUACAUCAGCUCCGGGGUGAACAGCAAACUGAUCUGCCCUCCCACACAGUGGAUGGACCUGAACCUGUCCUGA